GGAUUGGCUGCAGUGGGCACCAUUGGAGAGACAAUAUAUGUGUCGUGAUUUUCUCGGUAGGCUGUCACAUUCAGGGUUGCAAGGAUGAAGAGGAAUCAGAAGCUCAGGCACUAUAUUUUGGCCUGAGAGACAGGCUCGCAGUGUGUCGCUGGACCGUGUGCUGUUGGAGACGGACUGCGCUAUGCAGUAUCUGAUUGCAACACUAGUAGAGCUAGUUGAUGGGCAAACCUGAUAUCCUAAAAAAAAACGUAGCAGUAUACUUUCCCUAAAAAAAAAUCCCCUCUCGUUUCGUUUGAACUCUAGAUUUUUUUUUUAUCCCUAAAAAAAUCUAGUUUUUUUUCCACUCGUCUUCUUUUGAACUCUCGAUUUCUCCCACCAACCACAGCUCAUUGUCCCCGAACCAGUAACUGCCGGAGCCCGACCAAGAUCUGAUCGAUCUGCGGCGACGGCCUGGACGAAGGAGUUCGCCCGUGCUCCGCCGAGAGGAAGGAGGAAGCUCCCCGUAAGCCCCUCCCUCCCGCGCACGACACCAGUUUUGCAGGGAUCUCACGGUCAUGGCAGGGCUGAAGAAGGGGAAGGGAAAGGGGAGGGGGAAGGAGGAGCGACGGGUGACCUUUGCACCGGAAUCCGGGGAGCGAUGGCUCAUUGUCGCCGAACCAGUAACUGCCGGAGCCCGACCAAGAUCUGAUCGAUCUGCGGCGACGGCCUGGACAGAGGACUUCGCCCGUGCUCCGCCGAGAGAAAGCUCCCCGGAUCUCAUGGUCACGGCAGGGAUGAAGAAGGUGAAGGGGAAGGGGAGGGGGAAGGAUGAGCGACGGGUGACCUUUGCACCAGAAUCCGGGGAGCGACGGGUGUCAGCAACAAGUCAGAAGAGGAACAUGAAUGCAGCUGACUCAUCAGAAAAAUUAGAGAUUCAUGAAAAUGGAACCUCAAGGAAGCGGAUUAGAGAAAUUGAUGCAGAUGGCUCAAAAAAGGGCAACACAGCGGGUCCUGGAGCUUACAAGUCAGCGCCAGGAAACCUUAAAAGUACUAAAGAUUCUCAUUCCUCAAACCACGUGUCCUCAAAGUUUGUACCGCUGGCUGGAAUUCCCGGACACAAAACCAGGAACCUUACGGACAUGGCUGUGAGGGUGAACGUGAAAGUGGAGGAGGGGGAAGUAAUGAAGUUUGGGCAGAAAUUCAUCAGGGUAUUCAAAUACGGGGAGCGAUUGAGAAUUCCACAAUCAUUCAGUCAGUACCUUCAGAAUCAACGAACUGGGUCGGUUAUACUAAGAGGUCAAAGUGGGAAUAAAUGGCUUGUGGAACUUGCUUCAGCACCGAAGGAUUUUUCUUUAGACGUGGGUGGAAGGAAUUUGGUAUAGAUCAUUCCAUUGGGGAAGGAAACCUCUUAUUAUUCUGUUAUGAUGGAUACGGACAGUUCUCAGUUAAUAUAUUUAAUGGAAUGUGUGUUGAGAAGCCAUCAGCUCUUCGUGUGCUAAGCCUUCAAAGGAUUUUAAAGAAGAGAGUGAUGAAGAUGACAAUGGAGUAGCUCCCCAAGAAGAGAAUAAUGGAACCACAAAGAAGCCGACUGGAGAAAUUUACGCAGAUGGCUCUACGUUGAAGAAGUGUUCUAAUGCAUCAGUUAAGGGUAAGCAAAAAAUGCCUGAAUCUUUGGUUGGUACUUGUAAUGUGUCAGCAACAAGACAGAAGAGGAACAAGAAUGCAGCUGACCCAUCAGAAAGCUUGGAGGUUGCUGGAGCUUGCAGAUCAGCGCGAACAAGCAUUAAAAGUAAUGACGCUGUCAUGAAAGUUCAAAGGCAACAUGCAAUAGUAUCACAAAGGUUGCCGGUAAGUGAAGGGCAGAAGAAGUACGCUCUUCAAAGGGCAGAGAUAUUUACAUCUAAGUACCCUUCAACUCUGCAAGUAAUUAAGGCGGCUAGUGCCUACAACUCAUUUUUCAUGGUCAUCCCAUCUGAAUUUGUCAGGGAGCAUCUCCCCCACACCAGCAAGAAGUUGACCCUGUGGGAUCCGCAAGCAACGCCCUGGCAAGUUGACUACGUCUACUGCAGCCAUCGUUCCGCCGGCGCUUUCAGCAGAGGCUGGAGCCAGUUCUCGAUCGGCAACAAUCUGGAGAAGUUCGAUGUUUGCGUCUUCGAGCUCAUCGCCGAGGACACCAUCAAGGUGCACAUCUACAGAGCUCAGCUCCUGAUAGCACAGUACCAACACCAAGAAGAACUUAGCGCUGCAAUCCCAAACUAACCUGGGGACCCUCAUAGUCAGUGGGGGUAAGAAGAGUAUUCAGACGUUUAAGGGAUAUUUGGAACAAAACCGGUUGUUACUUACUGAUAAACUAUGUUUUGCUGCUAAACUUAUAUUUGAAACAAAACUAGUGAACUACCUGUAUGUACAAUGUUUUUCACUCGGAUUGAUGGAAGUGUUGGAUUAGUGGUUCUUAAGCUAUUGAA